AUGCCGAUAUUUAGGCUAUCUGCGCCAACAUUCACUGGCACCAGGCAGACAAUCCGAACCGCACAAACUCCACCGUUCACCCAGCCCCCUACGCCCAAAGGAGAAAAUACAGCUCUACCUGGCGGUUCGAAGUCACACAGUCCUCAAGCAGCGCGGCACAGGUCCUUGUCUGCCUCAUCGUUACGCAAACCGUCUUCGAUGCCGUCAAUGGUGGGAGUGAAGAUACGUCCAAAGCCGUCAAGUGGCCCCAAGCAAUCCAAAAGCAACAGCCGACUCACAAGUCCUUCAUCAUAUUCCCUGCCAGGGCCACGGAGCUCAACUACGCCAAUAGGACCAAGACCUUCCACGACACAACAUGGACGAGGUGCAACACCAUCAAGCAAAGCACCUGUCCCCCCUAGGGCAACAAGUAGUACUGAGACGAGGAGACAAUCGCUCUCUGGCAUACCAGUCGCUCUGGGUUCCCCUAUUGCUUUGCUUUCAUCUGGAGUAUUAAAGACCGAACCUCGACCACGCCCCGCUAGCCUUUUGGCUGUACCAUCAUCAGGGCCACGCACGUGGCAAACUGACUCAAAGGCGCCUUCUCCUGCACCCACGCCGACACUCACAAAGGCCAAAAGACUCCCCGCCCAACUCGAGACAAGGGAGGUUGGCUCUGCCUCCACGGUUGGCAACCCAACCAACGGAACUCUACCUCCCACCAGAUCCCCUACUCCCCGUCAACCCGUCAGAGCUUCUGCGACUCAAUCCGCCAUUCCAGCCAGAUCAUCCCCGGUACAGGAUGCCGUAAAAACACAAGAUAAGCAAGGGACAUCAUCAUCAAAGCCUUCCACAAUCCAAGCAACCUCGAGGCAAUUGGGGACUGCGUCAACUGAAACACUUGUUAAUCAAGAAGGAAGCGGUAGGUUGGCGAAGCAAACAACUGUGACUGCUCCUGGGGGAGCGCCUGGAGGGAUAUCCGAGAGACUACCAACUCCGACCACACCCAGUAGGCGUUCAUCCACUCAUGAGGUAACAUUGAGGCCAGAAAGGGUAUCUGGGCACUCUGUUUCGACGAGAAUCCUGGCCAAGUCGGCAGCCAGUCAAACGACUGCCACGCCUUCUGGCAGGCUUUCUGCAGCCCAAGAAAGUCAAGACACAAGAAUAGCCAAGGAUCCAGACCGUGGGUGCUCGUCUCACUAUCCACUCUUGAGCGCAAAAUCUCGAAGUUUGACAAGGACCCAAGGCAAACAGCUUCAGAUGCGAAUUCCAUCAAGAAAUCACGCGGCACAUGCGAGUCUGCCCACAACCCCGGUAUCUGCAACUUCAACUGCUUCGUCAAAGCUUGUUUCACCCUCUACUUCUGCUUCACGCAGGAGUUCGUCCUGCGCCUCGGUAACUCAAGGGGGUUCGAGAGAUUCUGUGAAGCUUUCUCCGACUCCACCAUCCUUGGCAGCCCCCAGCAGGCCCUCCACAACCCCAGCUGCAGUUCCAACUGUGCCAACACUCCCGCCGACCCCAGCAUCGCCAAAGUGUCCACUGAAGCCCCCAGGAAGUCCUGCUUUAUUUACCGAGGCACUGUUUCAGAGCAUAUCCUCACCGCAUUGUGUGGAUGUGAAUCUUAAACACCCAGCUGAGAUUCAAGGACUUUGGAUAACACCCAUUAUCUCCCCACCAGUACCCACACCGGCUAUUGAAAAAGAGUCCCAAUCGCGGCAAGGAGAGUCAAGCGCCGGCAAAACGUCGCCGUCGUGCUCAGAGGGGCAUCAAAGUCCAUCAGAUUUGCGAGCGCCUCCGGACACGCCGACCGUUCGAGUCCCUGCUAAUGAUCUGGGAACUGAAGCAGCAGAUAAACCGGCUGUCCCAUUCCAUCCACUUGCAAGUGGUGGACUCUUCAUUUGUGGCAAUGAGCCACGUAUACAGAAGCAAGAAUCUCCGAAACUGCCCAGAUUCGUUGGGUAUGCGCCUCCGGUAAGAAUUCUCCGCUCCCCGGAACGGGCUCCCGUUCCCCUCGAGUACCCUCCUUGGGAUCGGACUGUCGAGGUAACGUGGGAGAGAACGCUCAACAACCCGGCGGAUAAGUUCAUCUUUGACAAAGAGCUGUCCUUUCAGCAAGGAGUUCUUCGUCUGAGAAGGGAAAGAGCUUCCCGUGACCCCGAUGGCACACACACAUUAAACCAUACAGGACUCCAAAAUGGAAGGUAUCCUCAGCUCAAAGGCCUAGCAAGAUUAAACCGUUGUCUUUACUUCUUAUUGCCCGAUCGAGCCCGCUUCAAGAUUACCAACAUGAUUCUCAACGAUCACAAUACGGGAAACCUCAAUCCAAAGCCUGUUCGCAUGAACCCUCCGCAUUGCUAUGAGCCAAUAUGGCCCCUGAAUCCUCUGGAUGGUCGCAAGCUGUGGACUACAGAAUGUUUGGACUCCUUUGCGUCUGCAAUUUCUCCGCUUUACCCUUAUAUGUCAGUCUGCUACGACAUGCGUGUCGACUUUCUCGCCGCCUUCUUCCUUGCUCGGAGAUUUCACGUUGUGUACAGCCCGUUUGUGGCGGAGAAGAAUUGCCCGACAGCGACACUUCUGAUGGACUCCUUCGUUCCUCUGAUGAGAUACAUCACGCUUGAGGUUGACUACACCAAGUUGGGAGGGAAUGUUCAUCCAACUGCUGUCGGUGUGGAUCAAUGGAGAGGACUUCAGAGAGUUCGCCAGUUGGUGUUGAGAUUUGCCGACUUGCAGUGUACCAGGGCCGACGGAGUCAACAUUGGGAAUUUGUGUUUGAUGGUGCGCAGGUAUUACGGCUUUCGGGAAGGAAUGAAGUGGAAGAAGGGGUCGGCAGAACGAAGAGUCAGGCAUGAUGAGCCAGAGACAGAGGAAGAAUCAUCGGGUUGGUCAGACACCAGUCACGCCAGCGAUGAGACCGCAGAGAACGACGAUGAGGGUAAGCCUUUAUGCUCCCAAUGCAAUUCUACACACUUGCUAACACGUUCAAGAAUUUGUACCGUAUCAUCCAGAUGCCUAUCUUUGCAUCCUCGACCCACUGAAGACGAUAGGCCACCACAUCGACAGUCUUACCAUAGUGGGCACCACUCGGAGCUAUGCGAACGAGCUGAUAUACGCCGUUUGGGGAAAAGACGAGAUUCCCAGAGGCCCUGGCUGGAAGACACGAAUUGA